AUGGUCAAGUUUACCCAUCGACUAGAUGAAAUGAGCGAGCUUAAGAAAGCAAUGAUGGAUCCUAAUGAAGAUUUUGGGUUAAUGGACACUAUCACCGGUGCUGAUGCUUGCACCUUAAAUCCAGUUUUGGACGUUGGCCGAUAUCGUCAUGAAGAUAUCAUAAGGAAUUAUCAUUUUAUUGAUAUGAUAGAAAGAAUACGCAUUGAAGCCGACAGCAAUGAUCAUGAACUUUACGUGGAUUUUAAUAAAUUAAACCAAGUUAUUUCGCUAGAUAAGGCGGAGGAAGAAUUAGCUACUGAUUAA